AUUGACUGCCAUCAUCCUCUGUGCAGAGUUUAAUUAAUUAGGUGAAGAGUUUUAAGAUUGUAAGCCGCAGUUAAAGUGAAGUCCAUCGCAAAAUAAUUACAGGGUAUACGUAUAAGUAAGCAAAAUAAGUACAUGAUGCGUCACCCAUGGGUGUCAGGAGGGCUCUGCCUGGCGCUGUAUCUCACCCACGCGGCAGCCCUCGGCGACCACGCGUCUUUGUCUGCGAGGUUCUUGGGAAAAGGAAAGUUCGCGACAGGGAACACGCUACUGACCCAGACGGUCCCUAGCGUGUUGGCCUGCCUGGAUUUGUGCCGCGGCUUCACGCUCUGCGUCGGCUUCAGCUACAAUGGAGUUUCGUGCGAGCUCAGAGACACCGCGUCCAUCCUCUCCGCGUCGACAGGUUGGGUCACAUACCUCAUCACUCAACAGCCUGACCUCCCACUCCUGGUGAGAAUCAACGCACUAUUUAUUUAA